CAGAUCCUGACAUUGUCCAUGAGUAACUUCCCUCCUUGUGUGAGUCUGGACUAAACAUACAUUAUAGGCUACUGUAGUUUUGCAGUCAACUAGCUAAUUUCAGGCAUUUCUUUCCCUCGGAACAAACAAUUACAGUACCCGAAGAUCACCAAACAUGUUACUGCGGAAAGUGAGCCAAAACCCUGCUAUGUGCAGCUCUAUUCUACGUAUUUCACCUGCCUUAGUUGGACGGGGAGCCAGAAGUACAGCCGGUGCCUUGGUAACAGUUCAGAAUGCCCGUCCCUACGCAUCUCAAACUGCGGAGGCUGUUCUGGAGAAACCUAAAAUGGGUAGUGACACCUCCACCUCCAAAGCUACUGUGGACAAGACAUCUCUCAGCACAGAAUCCAAGUCGUUUGCCGUCAACAUGUUCAAGGGUCAGAUCAGUACAGCUCAGGUGUUCCCCUACCCCGCCGUGUUGGACGAGGAACAGGAACAGUUCCUCAGAGAACUGGUCGGACCCGUGACCAAGUUUUUCGAGGAGGUGAACGACCCCAUGAAGAACGACACUCUGGAGAAGGUGGAGGACCACACCAUGGAGGGUCUCAAGGAGAUGGGGGCCUUUGGUCUCCAGGUGCCCACUGACCUAGGAGGCCUGGGGCUCAACAACACACAGUAUGCCAGGUUGGUGGAGAUCGUGGGCAUGCACGACCUUGGCGUUGGCAUCACCCUGGGUGCCCACCAGUCCAUCGGCUUCAAGGGCAUCCUGCUGUUUGGCAACCCUUCCCAGAAAGAGAAGUACCUUCCCAAGCUGGCCACGGGAGAGACAAUAGCAGCGUUCUGUCUGACGGAGCCAGCCAGUGGUUCUGAUGCUGCUUCUAUCACGACCACGGCAGUCCAGUCUCCCUGUGGACAGUACUUCACUCUCAACGGCAGCAAGAUCUGGAUCAGUAACGGAGGUCUGGCAGAGAUCUUUACUGUGUUCGCCAAGACCCCAGUGAAAGACCCCAAGACAGGACAGAUGAAGGAUAAAAUCACAGCCUUUGUGGUGGAGAGGAGCUUCGGGGGAAUCACACAUGGCCCACCAGAGAAGAAGAUGGGCAUCAAGGCGUCCAACACGGCGGAGGUGUACUUUGAGAACGUGCGUGUGCCCGCCGAUUGCGUUCUGGGAGAGGUGGGCGGCGGCUUCAAGGUGGCCAUGAACAUCCUGAACAACGGACGCUUCGGCAUGGCCGCUGCCCUGUCCGGCACCAUGAAGGGUGUCAUCAGCAGGGCUGUGGACCACGCGACCAACAGAACCCAGUUUGGCAGCAAGAUCCACAACUAUGGUGCCAUCCAGGAGAAGGUGGCACGCAUGGCCAUGCUGCACUACGUCACCGAGUCCAUGGCCUACAUGGUCAGUGGCAACAUGGACAGUGGGGCGAAGGAGUUCCAGAUCGAGGCGGCCAUCAGCAAGAUCUUUGCCUCCGAAGCAGCCUGGACAGUAACAGAUGAGUGUAUUCAAGUCAUGGGCGGAAUGGGUUUCAUGAAGGACGCAGGAGUUGAGAGAGUGAUGAGAGACCUGAGAAUAUUCCGGAUCUUUGAAGGCACCAACGACAUUCUUCGGCUCUUUGUGGCUCUCAAUGGCUUCCAGAAUGCUGGUAACCAUCUGAAGAGCUUGCAGAAGGCUUUGAAGAACCCACUGGGCAAUGCUGGGGUGUUGGCUGGUGAGAUCUCCAAGAGGGCCAGGAGGAAGGCAGGCUUUGGCACAGGACUGACUCUUCAGGGAACCGUGCAUCCAGAGCUGGCGCACAGCGCAGAACUGACGGUGAAGGCCAUUGAGCAGUUUGGCGUCGUUGUGGAGGAGCUUCUGCUCAAGCACGGAAAGAAGAUUCUAGAUGAGCAGUUUGUUCUGAAGAGAGUGGCAGACAGUGCCAUCGAACUGUACGCCAUGGUGGUUGUCCUGUCCAGGGCGUCUCGUUCUCUGAGUCAGGGUCACCCCUCCGCCCAGCAUGAGAAGGUGCUGUGUGAGACCUGGUGUGUCGAGGCCCAUGAGAGGACCAUGCAGGACGUCCAGUCUCUCCGCUCCUGCAGAUCCACGCAGCUCUUCCAGAACCUGCGGGCCAUCUCCGCCGCCGUGGUGGAGAACGAGGGGGUGGUUUACCCCCAUCCUCUCGGCUUCUAAAACAGAGAGACGGUUCUCUCUCUCUCUUUUUACCCUCUUUUUCCUUUCAUUCUAUUCUCGGCCCCUGCACUGCUCCUCCCCUCGUAGUUUGUCAUUCUGUUCCUCCUUUCCAAUCCACUCUUUUCUAUUCAGUUCCUCUGUCUAUACUUGCUCUGUCAUCAUUCCUUCGGUGACAUGGUGCGACAAUUUUACGGUUCUCUAUUUUCACCCUAGCUUUCAAGCUGACCAUAGAAUGCUGUAGUCCAUGGAGCGAGUCUCUGAAAUGUGUAAUAAGCUGUUUCACCUGUUCUGAACAGUAAUAUCAGUGAACAAAUGUAUAAAUUAUAGGUUUGAAUGCUGAAGCUUUAUUGCACAUGCAUCCAUGUUUUUAAAAUCCAUAAUAUUGUAAUGUGUGGCUGUCUAUUAGGCUGUGCUAUGUUGCUAGCCAUGGUAUAUACAGUCACAGUCAGUCAUUAUUUGACUGCAGUAUUGCUAAUUCAAAGUUAUAUCGCAAUACCUUCACUGCCGAGAAGGUGAUUUGCUCACCUUGUCGUGUUUAGAUUAGCUUCAUUUAGUUUCUAGCAACAAAGGACUUAAUGUAUAAUGAUAUAUUUAAUAAUAUGGAUGGAUGUCAUUUGGAUGUCAAGAUGCAUUGCAGUAUCGUCUUGUAACUUCGACCAUGUGGAAACCUGUGGAAGGCUUUGUGGUUGUAACCGCCAUUGCUAUAGUUACCAAAGAUAUGCCGAACAUUUCUUAGCACACAGUGCUACUUAUUAAUGAUGCAUAAUUUACGAGGAACCAGUCGCACAUGUAUCCAGUUCAUGGACAUGCACUUUUUGUUUCUCAACUGGGUUCAUGUAGUUCCUCCUAUCACCUUGGUGUUUGUCGUCAUGAACUCCUAGAUUGUAGUUUUUUAUGGUAUGUUUUCAUAUUUGUGUCUCUCCCUGUCUAGUCCUGCAUGUUCCCAUGCACUCGCAUUACGGAAGGAGAUGUAGGUGUGAAAGGUUUUAUGUUUAAGUUCCCGCACAAAAAUUCUUGGUCUUGUUCAAUUCAAAUGGUGUGAGAAUGAAGCGUUUUCAAUACACAUAAGAUUUACAUUUAUGCAUUUAUGCAUUUAGCAGACGCUUUUAUCCAAAGCGACUUCCAAGAGAGAGCUUUACAUUA